GGGCUCAUUCGUACCGAAUCAGCCAGUUCGCUACCACGUCUGAGACGAGACAUUCGACCGCUCGCUCUCGACACAAGCACGCGAACCUACCGACUGUGAUACUUGCCCCAAAGAUUAUAAACGAAAGACUAAACAGUGCUGUGACUGAAAAACAUUAAACAAAACGUGAUGUCUCGCGCGUCCUCCUUCAAAACGUAUUUCUAAAGUCCCACAAUGACGAAAUAUAAGUUGAACAACGCUGCGCGGUCUUCCUCUGAGGUGACUCUUACUUCUUACAUGGGAACUGACAGCGAGAGGAAGGACGAUUACCAGAUCCCCAUGGAUUCUAACGAACAAGACGACAUAUCGGAAUCUAAUAACGAUGGGAAGUGCCAUGUAUGUCCGAAUUCUUGCGAGUUCCUCCAGGAACCGGGUAGGAUCGCUGCUUCUUUGGAGAAGAGAUACGAUAAAUACAGCCUGAAUGAGCUGAAAGUGGAGAAUUUAGGAAGAUGGUGCUUAUGUGAGAAAUACAACGGAGGCUGUAAGUUGUGCCCAAGACCCAGUUUAGCACCAACAUUGACUCUCAGUAUGGAUGGUAGCCAUGGUAAAGGUGCCUGCUUGGCCUGCAAUGGACCCUCCUGCGGAACCCCGAACCCCGUGGUCAACGGAGGCUACCCACCAUACCCCCCAACAAGUAAGAAGAGCAAAUGGAAGAGCGACGCUGUGCGGCGGUUGCGUGCCUGCUGUUCCAAGAAAACUCUGCUGCGACGGAUACCAAUCCUGGCGUGGCUGCCUAACUACUCGUUCCGCAGCGGCCUCGCGGAUAUCAUAGCAGGUCUGACAGUGGGGCUGACGGUGAUACCACAGGCGAUAGCGUACGCGGGUGUGGCAGGGCUGCCCCCGCAGUACGGGCUCUACUCCUCCUUCAUGGCGUGCUUCGUGUACACGGUGUUUGGCUCCGUGAAGGACUCCGCCAUUGGCCCCACCGCCAUCGCUGCCAUCCUCACGCGGGAGAACCUCCACGGCUUGGGCCCAGAGUUCGCUGUGCUCCUGUCCUUUCUGAGUGGAUGUGUGGAGCUCAUUAUGGGCAUACUUCAAUUAGGUUUUCUAAUCGACUUCAUAAGUGGGCCGGUGUCGGUGGGAUUCACAUCCGCGGCAGCCAUCAUCAUCGCCACCACGCAGGUGAAGGACAUCCUCGGCCUCAGCUUCCCCGGCGGAAAGUUCCUACAGGUGUGGACGGGUAUGUACGAGCAUAUCGGGGAAACCAGAUUGUGGGACACUGUACUGGGCGUAUCCUGCAUCGUUGUGCUGUUGCUGCUAAGGAAAGUGAAGGACAUAAAGAUCGGCUCAGACGAGGACUACAAGGAGGGCAGCCUGGAGAAGAGGUCGCGGCUGAAGGCGGCGGUGUCGCAGACGCUGUGGUUCCUCUCCACCACGCGGAACAUCUUCGUGGUGCUGGUCUGCGCUGCGCUGGCUUACUACUUCGACACCAAGAACCAACAGCCAUUCGUUCUUACGGGGGACGUGAAGGCAGGAUUGCCGCAGCUGGCGCCGCCGCCAUUCUUCGCCACAGUGGGCAACCACACCUACACCUUCACAGAGAUGGCCUCCACGCUCGGCUCGGCCAUCUUCGUGGUGCCACUGCUCUCCAUACUCGAGAACAUCGCACUCGCUAAGGUUUUUUCGGAGGGGAAGUACGUGGACGCGACGCAGGAGAUGGUGGCGCUGGGCGUGUGCAACAUAGCGUCGUCGUUCGUGGAGUCCAUGCCGGUGUCGGGCGCGCUGUCGCGUGGCGCCGUCAACCACGCGUCGGGCGUCGCCUCGCCCGCCGGCGGGCUCUACACCGGCGCGCUGGUGCUGCUGGCGCUACAGUACUUCACGCCCUACUUCUACUACAUACCGAAAGCGUCGCUGGCCGCCGUCAUCAUCGCAGCCGUCGUGUUUAUGAUGGAACUGCACGUGUUCAAGCCUAUUUGGCGGACGAAAAAGGUGGACAUAAUCCCAGCGGUGGUGACAUUCACGGCGUGCCUCGUGACGCGCCUGGAGCUGGGCAUCGUGCUGGGCAUCGCCGUCAACCUGCUGUUCCUGCUGUACGCGUCCGCCAGGCCCGCUGUCAAGGUCACGCAUGCCGUGUCGGAGGGUGGCGUGCGCUACGCGGUGGCGUCGGUGGACCGCGCGCUGGCGUUCCCCGCGGCGGAGUUCGUGCGGCGCGCGCUGCGCAAGGCAGCCGGCGACGCGCCGCUCGUGCUGGACGCGCACCACGUGCAGGCCGCCGACUUCACCGCCGCCAAGGGCAUAAAAUCUCUGAUCGAAGACUUCCACGCGCGCGGUCAGACCAUCAUCUUCUACAACGUGAAGCCGUCCAUCGCGGAGGUGUUCAAGGGCGUGAAGCCGCGGGAGUUCGUGCACUGCUCGUGUCGCGCCGAGCUGGAGCGACUCCUGCUGGAGGCGCAGCGCAAGUCCAAGCAGCAGGUCGCCUGAAUGAGACGGGAUGCAAUUCAUGUGCAAGAUCUCCAAUGCAGCGAUGCGAUGCGUACAAAGUAGUCAAAAAUGUUUUUAUAUCGGCAACAAAACUAUUUCCAGAAGAGUAUUUGUCAAUAUUUUUAUAUAAUUUUACAAAAUGUUGUUUAAAUGCGAUCUAGUUUUAUAUAUUUGUGAAGAUGUGAAAGAGAAUUGACAGUAUUUUAGUUAGGUACCUACUUACAUUGUAAUUUGUAUAUUUAUGUAACAUAAAGAUAGUUACUAAUUUAGGUAAAUAUAGCAGCAGAGUAGUUACCACAGUAUUAGAUGUUACUGAAAGUUAUUUAAAUAUUUAAUGUACUUUGUUAAAAAAAAAUAUUUAUACAUGGCUAAAAUACAUAUUGAAUAAGAUCUCUAAAUAUUAUUAUAUCUCUUGAGAAUAAACAAAGGAAUGAAAGAACAUUAUAGUAAACGCAAACCACGUGGCAGUUGUUGCCAUAAACUAAUUCGACUCUAAAUUUGCCUUACUAGAUACUGAGCAUGAAUAAUAACCAGUAAUUUCAAGUACAUAAUAAUAACUAUUUUCAAUCCAAAAAGGCUAAACGACUGAGGAAAAACUUCGUUAGGUCUCUCUCUCUCUUAAUUUCAAUUCGCCUCGACCUCGAUUACACAUUUCGUAACGUAUUUACCAGCUUACUUUCCAAAGCAAGUGUGCAUAAGUUUUACUUCAAUAACAAAGUCAUUAUUUUCCUCCUUAUUUAUCUUCUAUAGGAGAGAGCGAGACAACUCACUUUAUAGCCACUGUUUGCGUUUACUAUUGUUUGAAUGCAUUGACUGAAUAAGCGGCGCGACAACACUAUCCUAAUUUGUACAUAUUAUAUACAGCCGAACUAGAAAAUAAAAUGUUUUGAUAAGAGAUGAAAAG